AUGUUACAAUGGAUUCUUACCUUAGUGUUGAGCCUAGAGCAUGUUGUAAUGCCUUCCUUGCAUAACCGCCCUCUCAAAGCAUUGGUAUACCGCGGACCCGCUUCUUCUUACAGGUGUCCAGAGUCUGUUGCAGAUCUCCUCGAGUCGUCGCCAUUUAAAAUCGAGGUCACGUUCGCUGGACCAGACGAGGAGACCAAGCUUACGGCAGAGGCAUUGAGUAAUGUCGAUAUCUAUGCACACCCAGGUGGGGGAGAUAUGGACGAUGCUUGGAAGCACAUGAAAGGCUACAAAGCGAACAUCCGUAAUUUCGUGGAGCAAGGCGGGCGAUACAUGGGCUUCUGCUUGGGCGCAUAUCUGGCUGGGCACUCACCUGGAUUCGAUCUGCUGGAUAAGAAGGACGACACCGAUGCAGAAUGCGAUGAGCCGGGUGCCCAGGUUCCUGACGAGCGAGAAGCCAUCAUUCAAGUCGACUGGACAUUCUCAACAGGGCCAGAGCAAGGCCAUACUGAUCCGAAGCGCUGGCUGUAUUUCCAGGAUGGGGCUGUGAUCGAAUUGCACAAAAGGUCGACAGCGAAGGUAUUAGGCCGAUACUCGAGCACCCAAGAUGUGGCUGCAUCGCUCAGCAGUUUCGGUAAAGGCUGGGUAGGACUCGUUGGGCCGCAUCCGGAAGCAGGUCAAGAUUGGUAUGAUAAGCAAAAUUUCCACAGCCCGGAAGGCAUCAGGUUCGAUAUUGGCCACGAUUUCGUGGAGGCCAUCGUGCAUGCCGGCGACGAGGAGGAUUGA